AAAUUUCGGUUUCUCUUCACGAUGGCUGACGCGGAAAAACUUAUUGUGAGAGGAGCCAGUAAUGGAACCGGAAAUAAAAAAUUACCUUGGUUCUUAGCAACUAGUUACCUGUUGUUCUGGGGAGUGCUUUUCUUUGCCGUGGUAAUUCCAUUGUUCUAUCGAUUACCCAAGGCAAAGACCAUAGAAGAAGCCGCCUCAAAUGUAUUUAUUCCAGAACGUGCUUACAAGGAUCUAUAUGCUCUCUCUAACAUUGGCACCAAAAUGGUUGGAAGCAAAGAGAAUGAGAUUGCUGCUGUAGAGUUUCUUCUAAAGCAGUUAAAUCAAAUUAAGGAAGACUCAUUGAAAGAUUAUUAUGAUAUUGAGAUAGACUUAUCACAGGCAUCAGGACAAUUUAUUCAUUCUGAUCUGAUUAUUAUGUACCAAGGUGUUCAAAACAUUGCUGUUAAAAUCAGUCCAAGGAAUAGCACAAGUCAAACCUGGUUACUGGUCAACAGUCACUUUGAUUCGAAGCCAGCUACACCGUCCGCUGGCGAUGCUGGAUUUAUGAUAGUCACUAUGCUGGAAGUCUUGAGAGUCUUGUCAACGACAAAGCAAAGAUUCGAGCAUCCUAUCGUCUUUCUGUUCAAUGGAGCUGAGGAAAGUUACUUGCUGGCUGCACACGGUUUCAUGACUACUCAUAGAUGGGUGCCAUUCCUUAAAGCGUGCGUUAAUCUUGAUGCUGCAGGCAGCAAUGGACGGGAACUUCUAUUUCAAAGCGGACCUAAUCACUCUUGGCUAGUAGAUUAUUACUAUAAAAAUGCCAAGCAUCCUUUCGGAACAACUUUAGCUGAGGAGAUAUUCCAGUCUGGUAUAAUACCAUCUGAUUCCGACUUCCGAAUUUUUAAAGAAUACAUGCCAGGUUGGUAA